CUUGCCUCCUGGCCUCAGUGCGCAUGCUCUCUGCAUCCUUCGCCAGUGCAGAGCGCUGCGACUUCAACACAGCCCUCCUGUAAAAUUCUUGGCAGCCCAGAAAAAAUAAAAGCAAGAUGCUGAGACCGUCUCGGGUCGGUGCUGCCGCGAAAUGGGAGGAACGUAACUGAGUCAGAAAAGCACAAAGACAGACUGGCACAAAUAAUAAAAUAAACCGAAAAACAAGAGCAAUAGGAAAACAUAACUUUGCAGAGUGAAAUCGAAUCAAUGCAACCUGCCAUGGAGUUAAAGAAAUCUAUUUCGGAGACGGAGCGAGCGCUCAAGAGCUACGGGGCGGUGCUGGAGACGGAGUGGAAAACAGACAAAGACCAGCAGGACGUGGUGUCAAUGGCAGAGACCUCCAUGUCUCCGGAUGAGAUGGAGGUGGAAAUGGUGCGAAUCCAGCGUCUCCGAGAGGUCCUGGUGCGCAGGGAGUCCGAGCUACGAUUCAUGAUGGACGAUAUCCAGUUAUGUAAAGACAUCAUGAAUCUGAAACAAGAACUUCGGAAGAUUGUGGAGCUUCCAGAGAAAGCGAAAACCAAGAAGCACAAGCAGAGGGAGGAGGAAUUGAUCCUGAAAAUCCAUAAACUAGUUCAGAAACGAGAUUUCCUGGUGGACGACGCAGAGGUGGAGAGAUUAAGGGAGCAGGAGGAAGACAAAGAGAUGGCUGACUUCCUUCGUCUAAAACUGAUGCCACUGGAGAAAAUGACCAAAGUGACUGACAGUUCUCCUAAAAAGAAGGUGACCCCUGAACCUCCACCCAACAAGCCCUCCAUCGCUAAAUCAGGGGCAGCCAUAAUCAAGGACUGCUGUGGAGCCACACAGUGCACCAUCAUGUAACCAUGACAAUUCUGAGGCCCACCCUGCUGGCAGGAGUCUGCUUUUGCAGGGGGGAAGGGGAUAACAUUAAGAGAUUACAUUAACAGAGAUACAAUGGAUGUGUUUAGCCCCAACCUCACGGUGAUAUGAGAGAUCUUUUUCUUGAGGUGAGCCCAGGUUUUUUUUGCCCCAGUAUCACAUUAGAUUUGUCAUAACACUCAAAAUAAUAAAGUUCAAGUUAAGUUCAACUAAAGCCUGAAGUACUGCAUGCAGUCACUGAACGUGGAGUUAGAAAAGGAAUCUCUUCUAAUACUUCUAUGACUUGAGAUUAAAACAUAUUCAAUUAAACAAGCAAGGACCCUUUAAAAAAGAAACAGCUGAGUGUUAAUAAUUCAACUAAAAAAUUAACUUAAAAGGCAGUAUGGAAUGAAGCCUUUUUUUUGCAUAUCUACAGCUAGAAAGGGUGGCUUUGUUGUCAAGAGCAAGGACAUAGGACUAGAAUUUUAAUGAGUUUGUUAAUAUUCCAAAAAAAAGAAUUCUUGUUGCCUAAUGCAAUACUAAGACUCAGUGAGCACAAAAGUCUGGCUUCUGUUUCAGAUCUGGAACAAGAGUCCUCUAUCAUGUGGAAAUUAGGUUAAAAUGUGGUAAGCCUACCACUAAAAAUAAUAAAAUAAUAAGUGGGCACAAUUGCAUCCAGUCUAAUUUAUUUUAUAUUUACAAACAAAUAUUUAUUGAAGUAUUAGGUGUUAGGUUAUCUAUGUUGAUGAUAUUUAUACAGGAAAGCCACAUUUGCGCAUUGGUCCUAUCCCCACGCUGGGAAGACAGUAAUAGAUGUUUGGCUGUGGGGCAUGCAUGCUUGUUUUUAACAAAAACCCUGAAGAAAAGCAACCAGCCAGGACCCGAGGCGGACAGCCCAACUCUUCAACAACCUGGGAUCUUUAAUGGGCAAGAUGGGGAUCUUUGGUCGAUGCGUCAUUCGUGUGUACUUAAAUUAGCACCGAUUAAUGGAUGGAAGGAUCAUCAUUUAAUUCCUUUGAAAUAUGGGCAUUUUAUAGUCCUAAUCGGCAUCCUUUUCUAUGGGCAAAGUAUGGUCUUGUUAGAACACAGCUACAACCAUACAGAACCCAAAGAAAAUACAGAAUGAUUUGGUGGCACCACAGAUGCAACUUUCAAAUCAAAUUGAUGCCAGUGCAAAAUCUACAUCCAAACUAGUCUAUAUAUUGCAAUUGUGCUACAUAUCAAUUUCUUAUUUUUUAAAUAACUUGUACAGACAAUGAAUUGUGUUCUGAUUAAGUUAAGACUAAAAAGGCACCUUUGGUGCUCUACAAUUCCCAGUACUAAUUUGAGUAGGGGGUAAAAGACCCAUCAUGCAGACCUUUUAAAUCAUGUAUACAAAAGUUAUUUAUGACUCUUGAGAAUUGGUCUGUCAGUCUGUUACUGAAAAUAAAUGACUUAAAAAUGGAAACACACAUUGUAGAAAAUGUUUAGAAAAAAUAAUAAACUACCCAAACUGCUGGCUUGGGAUCAGGUGGCUUAGUGUAGUUGGAAUAUUCCUCGAUAUACUUAACCAAUCCUCAAUAAUCUGUUUUUUGAUGCUUGACAUCUCUACAAACCGUUGGACUACAGUUUACCUCCAGCUACUAAAUUGUUUUUUUCCUUCUGUUACAAACCUGAAAACAAACAAAAAAAAAAAAAAAAAACACACACAAGUCUGUUAUGGCUGCAGUAAGAUUUCUCCAGUAGUGAGACCUGUCUUUGGUUGUCCUUUAAAUCACAUGUACCACUUCUGUUACCUGUAUAUGUAGACUCAGAACUGUGAAUGUUAAUUUUCUGUUUUGUGAAGUUUUUCUAUAUAAAAAAAAAAAAAAAAUUGGUACUCAAAGUACUCACUUCAAUGGUUAUUAUUCUGCACACAUUUCAGCAAAUUUAUUUACUUUUAUUUAUUUAUUUUUUAAACUACAAAAGUUGUCUCCUUGCACUGGGUGAAAAGUUUAGACAUUGUUUAAGAACCAGUGAAAUACAUUGGAGUUGCCCAGACACUUUCAGCACUGUCCAUUAGUAUGUAGGCUCCUCCCUUGAGAGACCAUCAAUUAAAUAAAACCAAAACACAUGGAAAACAUUCAAUACCAUCAAGAAACUUCAAUACCAAGUUCAGGACAACUAGAAAAGUUAGCGGUUCAUAUUUUUCACCCCAGACACAAACUUCAGGAGACAAUUAAUAACAGAAAUGUAUGCUUGCUGUGAGAUUUAUUAACAGUAAUUGGUCCCUUCAAACAAAAAUAAACUGCUAUUGUAACUUGUCAUCUAUGCAACCCCCCCCCCCC